AGUUGCAGGGGUGGCGCUAGUUGCCGCGCGAGCUGCUGUUUUGGUUCCUGGUCCUGAGGGAUUCCACAGGGCGCGAGCCGCGGUCCCGCCUCCCCCCUUUGCUGCAGCUGCUGCAGAGCGGCGCCGCCCCCUGCCCCGCCGCAGCCGGAGCCCGGCGGCGCUGCCCAUGGCCGCUGAGAUCCAGCCCAAGGCGCUGACCCGCAAGCCCGUCCUGCUCAGCAAGGUGGAGGGAUCCCAGGAUGUAGUGAGCAUGGCCGCGAUCGUGCCCAAGGAGGACGGGGUCAUCAGCGUCUCCGAGGACAGAACUGUCCGUGUGUGGCUGAAGAGAGAGAGUGGGCAGUAUUGGCCUAGCAUAUAUCAUGCAAUGCCAUCUCCAUGUUCAUGCAUGUCUUUUAACCCGGAAACAAGAAGGCUGUCCGUAGGUCUAGACAAUGGUUCAAUCUCAGAGUUUAUUUUAUCAGAAGAUUACAACAAGAUGACACCAGUCAAAAGUUACCAGGCUCACCAAGGCAGGGUUAUGAUGAUUCUGUUUGUCCUGGAGAUGGAAUGGGUGUUAAGCACAGGACAGGACAAGCAAUUCACCUGGCAUUGCUCGGAGAGUGGGCAGCGGCUCGGAGGGUAUCGCACCAGUGCGGGGGCCUGCGGCCUGCAAUUUGAUGUUGAGACCCGACAUGUGUUUAUAGGUGACCAUUCUGGGCAGGUAACCAUUCUCAAACUAGAGCAAGAGAACUGCAGCCUUGUCACAACAUUUAAGGGACAUACAGGUGGUGUCACUGCUCUUUGUUGGGACCCAGUGCAGCGAGUUUUGUUCUCAGGCAGUUCAGAUCAUUCCAUUAUUAUGUGGGACAUAGGAGGAAGAAAAGGAACAGCCAUUGAAUUACAAGGACACAACGAUAAAGUUCAGUGUCUCUCCUAUGCUCCCCACACAAGACAGCUCAUCUCUUGUGGUGCAGAUGGUGGAAUUGUUAUCUGGAAUAUGGAUGUUGAGAGACAGGAGACACCGGAGUGGUUGGACAGUGACUCCUGUCAAAAGUGUGACCAGCCUUUCUUCUGGAAUUUUAAACAGAUGUGGGACAGUAAGAAAAUAGGCCUUAGACAGCAUCACUGCCGGAAGUGUGGGAAAGCAGUGUGUGGCAAAUGCAGCUCUAAGCGCUCCUCCAUACCACUGAUGGGAUUUGAGUUUGAAGUGAGAGUCUGCGAUAGCUGUCACGAAUCGAUAACGGAUGAGGAACGUGCACCCACAGCCACUUUCCAUGACAGUAAGCACAACAUUGUCCAUGUACACUUUGACGCAACCAGGGGAUGGUUAUUGACUUCUGGGACAGACAAGAUGAUUAAGUUGUGGGAUAUGACACCAGUAGUGUCUUGAUGAUACGUCAGUGGAACUUAAAAGGCGGUAUUUACUGAAGAAACAGAUUUCCUAACCCUAAUCGUAUUGCAGAAGAUAAAAUGCUGUGUGUAUAUGGCAGAUAAGGAAGGAGCUAACACAUCUGUGACGAUUUUUCAAGUCAUCGGCUAGAUCAAUGGUGAACAUUUGCACGAAGACUCUAUUUCAACUUUGUUCUCAAAAUAUCCGAGAAGGUAUUUUUUUAACUAACGGUUUGUACGAUCUGGCUGUGUUCAGUUAUUUUGAGUUUAUCUGGAAAAUCUGUGUGCAAUGCAAUUUAGUUUUUAUAUUUCAUUACGUUGGUAUACUUGUUGCUUUGUGUGAAAGGGUUCUUUGUUUUGUGUCUGGGCUUGUAAGAAAGUUUCCAAUCUCAACACACUGUACAAAGCUAUCAGAGUUCCCCAGAGAGAACCUAUUUAUUUGUGAUGUUUUUGCUAACAGCCUCUUCAGUGGAGCAACUUUGAGCAAGACCUUGCACCUUUGCUUACUGCUUCUGUGGAUCUGUGGAACUAUUGCACCAUUCCGAAAAGGGCUCUUCCAUCUACUUGUUCUAGCAAAUAUCACCUUGAGAUGGUAUUUUAUUGUUGCAUGAAAUGAAAUUCAGUUCCUUCUGUCUCUUCCCUUGCCACCCACAUUGCAAAAUCAAGGGGCUGGGUUGCUUAGCAACUAAUCUUACAAUAGCUGAAAUAGUUUUCCAGCCCAGAGCAUUAACAAGGAGUGUCCAUACCAGUUUGAAUUUGAUGAGGCCACAAAGGCUGAUUCAAAUUAAAUUGACAGCAGCUUGUAGAACUGUGGAGUUGUAUAAAAGGGUGUCUAAACAGGCUUGGUCGGGCCCAAACAAGGCCAUUUCUUCCUCAUGAAGCAUCAUGUCAACGUUUACGUCCAUCUCUUUCGCUGGAGAGAAUCUUAACUUUCCCAUUCCUGUUCCCCACCCAGUUAUUCAUAUUUAUUUUAAAAUUGCUGAUGGUUUUUAUUAAUCGUGUAUGUGGUCCAGAAACUAAUGUUGUUGACUCACACCCAUUGUCCUGCUGUCACGUUUGGCAGUUUCUUUUCAAAAAUAAAAAUGAUUAAAAAACCCACCCUGGUCCAAAUGACCUUUUUAAAGGGAUAUUGUCAAGGUUCAUAGGCAGGAAAAUUGUCCUCCUUCCACAGGGGUCCCAUCUGGAAGGUCCUUACUUUCUGGAUUCCUUGAAUGUUCCGUUUAUAAAUAAAUUAUUGUGGCCAUGCUUUGAAGAAACUAAAAGUGGAAAGACUGCAGCAGAUACUGCCAGACCUUUCAUAUGGGACCACUAUCAAGGUAGGCACCAUGAUCUGGGGACUUGGAUACACAACUGGUAAUCAGCAAGUCAGUGGCACAAGCUAGGUCUUCCAUGUGGCCUUGCUGAAGUGACUUGCCCCUCUCUGUGCAUCAUCCCCCCACUGUAAACUGGAGUGUAAUGAUACACACCCACCUUUGUAAAGCACGUUGCAGGCUGCGGGUGUCAAGUGCUGUAGUGCUACGUGUGCAAACACCUACUCUUGCCCCUUGCCUGCAGUAGGUAACUUUAUUUUUUUUAAUAAUGAGUGAAUAAAAUAUAACUAGUUCUUCAGCCAUCAUCAGUUGUCAUAGUAAAGGAUGAGUAAGUAGGGGUGUGCGCACACCAAGGUUGGUCCAUCUUUCUGAGAAUUCUGUGUUUUGCAUUAUUUACUCUAUAGGUUUGCCAGUCCUGAUAUUCUCCCUGUUAAAAUGACCCCACUCUUGCUUUAUUGGACAUGCUGCCAAGUAUCUGUUUCUCCUCUAAGCAGCCCCAUUUUAACGUACAUUUUCAAACACGAUAAAGACUUAGCUAAAAGAAUAUUUUCCAAUGUAAAUGUUAAUUCUUUUGCAAGCCAUCCUGCUUUCUCUCAUGGCAGCUGGCUGCUGAUUUUCUCCUCCCACUGGAAAAUGGUUCAAAGGUGGGUCAUUACACCUGUUCCAUAUUGUAUGACUAAGGCUACACUUAAGUCAUGGGUAUUUUUAGUAAAAGUCAUGGACAGGUCACGGGCAGUAAACAAAU